AACUGUCCUUAAAUACUGUUUAUAUAAAAUUUGAUGUCAGUCUGAGUAUCAAACUGUGUAUUAGUUUCUCAAUUAUUGUUAUUAAUUAGUUUGAAAAUAUACAGUAUAUUUUUUAUGUUGGGAUGACGGCCAGAGACCAGCAGGUGGUGCUCGAGACCCUAGUAAAGUUGGUGUUGCUAUGCAACAGAAGCGCAACGUUUGAUUACAGUCACGUGAAAGAGGCAUGGGCAGCCCCUCCAGUCCCACUCAGGAUGAAGUGCAUUGUCUCCGGCCUCUGUGCUCCCACACCUGCUCUUGGGAGGCUGAGCAGCGUCUUCGUAAAUGCAAACCUGGAAAGGUGAAGGCCCUUACAUCCAGCAGGGCCUCAGCAACAGCCUCUGAAGGCCAUAGUUUUCUUUCUUUGUUAUCAGAGGAUAGGUUUCCAGCCUUUACUGCGGUUAAUGCAUCCGAGUGGCUUGAUGCUGGGUCACCUAUUGAGGCCUCUCUUCUUGGACGUGAAGAUGAUUUCUCGGAAGCUGCUCCCCACACUCUCAUCAGCUGUGUGGCUUUACCAAGCGGAGCAAAAGAACGGGAAAAUGUCCAAAUUCCCACUUCCAGCUCAGCCGCGACUACUCAUCUAGAAACACACAAAGAAAACAAGACAGUUAAGCUAAAGACCGCUCGCAUCAGCCCAUUGACCAGUUACACCAGUACGUCCCAGUACUCAGAGCCUGUAGUGAUAUGGGUUCCCAGUUCUUGUUCCCUUCCACCUCAUGACUCCCAACACAGCACUAAGUCUCCUCAACUGGCUGUCAAGGAAGUGAUUUUCCUCCCCCCUGCUGAGAUGGACAAAUCUGUUGUUAGCAAGAAAAAACUCAAACAGGACAAGUCAAGGAAGAGGGCUCUGCUGAAGCAAACUUUUGUGAAGUCUCCGUUGAACCAGGAAGGGAAGGGCUCCCUGAAGUCGGAGGGAGAUACUGACCUAUCAGAUCCUGGUUUCCCCAGGACGGGCUCAGACAGUGACCACCAGGUGAAGAAGGCCUCUGCCCCUUCUCAGGUCCCCCGUCUUGUUCCUGUGGGUCAAACUCUGGCUGCUGCCCCUGAGGCCAAAGAUGACCAGCAGCCACCCAGGUCAGCCCAGACCCUCCUGCUCAGGAACAAACCGAUGGUCUUUGAGCCUCUCUGGGAGAGGAUACAGAGGAAGCACACCCAAGAGGAACACCAUACCUCCAAAUAUAAACUGGACCAGAAGACUGGAAUCGAUGGGAUUGAUUGUUGGGAGACCCUAAAGAGACAAACAUGCCUGUGGAGGAGGCACGCUCAGCUUGUUAUGUCUGAGUGUGGGAGGCCUUCAUCUUCAGAGGACAAGGCAGAUUAUGUACCGUACAGACUCCACCCAAUCCCCAUACCAAGCUCACACUACCAGUCAAAAAGCUCUUCAAAAACCGGUAACUGCAGAUCAUUGAGUGUUGUAUGGGGGGCUAACUGAAAGUCCAUAUCAUAGAAAUAAAAUGUUUUUUU